AAGAGGAAAUAAAUGAGGAAGAGAGGAGAGUAAAACUUGGAAAUACGAGGUUUAUGUAUGUGUAUGUGUAUAUGUAUAUCCACCGACAGGCGAUUGCGUUGUCAUAAUGUUAGUUCGUGCGUGGGAAGCGUGAACGUAAUGGUACGUCCUUGCCAGGUAUCGGAUCGCAUUCGAACAGCAACAGCAACGACCAACGGGCUUCGUAUCGCGGGCCUUGAGGCGGUCGACGUUGCGGCGGUGUUGCCACCUCUUGUACAUUGCAUCCCAAUAUUUAAACUCUACGAGCCAAGAAAGAACCUCGUUGCCACGUCUACUAUACUGUUGUUUAGCCGCUGCCAACUCGUAUCGUCUAUCCUCUCACCUCACCGGACCAAAAAGAAGAUAUGGAUGUAAACGAGAGGGAAAAGCCGCUUGUAAAGGACUUAAACGAACAUAUCAUAUGUCCUCUGUGUAGAGGCUACUUCGUAGAUGCAACGACCCUCGUUGAGUGCCUACAUUCUUUUUGCAGAGGCUGCAUAGUGAGACGACUGAGUAACGGAGUUAGAGCCUGCCCUGUCUGCAAUGUACCCACCUUACCCCCACUCUUCUCUGAUAUAAGGCUGCAACGAUUAGUCUACCUCAUUGUUCCUGGUCUAUUUCGAUCAGAAUCAGAAAAGAGACGACAUUUUCGUAUUGUCAAUCCCCAAUGUACGCCACUAUUGCCGCCUUUAGGCUCACCCGAAUUGACAUACGACGAUCCAGUUAGUUUGAGUAUAUCCGAAAUUGGUAAAAUAACAUCAUCAAUUGACGAUGGUAUUAAAUUGAAAAAGGGAAAUAAAGAGAGAACGAAACAAUUGAAGAAUAAAACAUUUUAUGAAAUAACUGGCAAGACACGCUAUUUGAAAUGCCCAGCUGGCGUGACGGUGAGACAUCUCCAACGACUACUAAUGCUAAAGAGGGGAUGGGACGAUAUAGAUGGAACUUCUUCUUCUUCAACCUGCCAUCGGAUAGAAAUUAUGUACGAGGUGGAUGAAAGCGAAACGGAAAGCCGGUUGCAAAUACUUGAAACAUCAUGGACCCUUUUGGAUCUUGCUUGCAUUUUUGAAUGGAAAAAUGAAUCUCCCAUGAAACUAUACUAUUGUUUUGUAUCAAAAGAAGAGUUGGAUCAGGUCCAGAUAGCGACUUCUUGUGGGGAAGAAGCCAGUAAUAAGGAGUCGACUGAAGUGAUAGAGAAUAUACAGAGGCCGCCUACUCCACCGCCUAGUCCAAAGCCGCCGAUCUCGCAUACCGAUGCGUCCCUCCCACUAGAGAAAGGUCGAUCACAUACUUCAACGAACGUCGAGUGUGGAAAGGAGCCAGAGGUAAAAAAGCCACGCUGUGAAGUUACACCGGUGAUGAGGGCGCCCGAUCCGCCAGGAAACAACAACAACAAUAAUAAUAAUAAUCAUCAUCAUCUUCCAACGGAAAAUGCCGCCAAACCGGACAAGGUCGCUAAGCUUGAGCAUCACAAACGAAGAAAACGAAGAAAUAAACGUGUAAUUGCUGAAAUCACAACCACACCAAGGGAGGAUUUACUCAAGCUUAAGGUUAGAUUAACGCCAUGUCCACCGCGUAUAACUUCAAGCACGAAUAAUCAAACCAAAGAAAAACUUCUUCAAAUGAGGGCUGUUAGAAGAGAGAAAAUUAAGACUACAUCAAGUAAUAAACAGCGAAAUAAUUCAAUUCGCGAAGAAAAUUCCAUGGAAAACACUACUACUACUACUACUUCUACUACUACUACUACUAGUUCUACCAAUACUUCUAAUAUUUCUAAUACUUCUACAACUACUUCAACUACCACCAAUUCUUCAAAAACUGAAGAAUCAAUUGAAGAAAUAAUUGACGGUAUACCGGAUGAGAUUGUCAAAAUUGCUCAAAAUAUCAAUUCACAAACAAAAGCAAUAGACCAUCCAGAGGGGCAUAAAAAUGAAGAGUCAAUGAAUAAAGAAUCAAUUGAAGAAGAUAAACCAAAAGAUGAGGAGGUACUACGACGACUUGGUCUUGUGGCAAUCAAGGAAGCGAAUAAGACGCAUCGUGAUAAGAUGAAGAUUUCGCAGAAUAACACCGAGAAAGAGGAGUCUCUCAAUCGAGAGAAACUUGAACAACAAUUGCGUGAGAGUAAGGCCAAUAGAGUAAGAAGUCUUUUAGCUGAAAAACAAAUGCGCGAUGCCUUAAAGAGUAUGAUGUCAAAUUCAAAAGAUAAAGGAAACACAAAUACAAUUGGAAAUAAUAAUAAUAUUAAACGAAAGGGUCCCCCACCAUUGGCACCAUUACGUACAACAAAGAGAAAUAAUAAUAUUGCAAGUUAUUCAAAUUCAUUUACGCAAAAAUGUGAAAUUCCACUUGAUUUAAGUAGUAGUAGUAGUGGUGGUGAGAGUAUGAAAAUUGCAAAUAUUUUAGAUUUAUCAUCGUCAAAUCAUCCGGGUGGUAGUAAGACAAAAAGUAAAAUAAAUAACAAUGAAUCGCGGGCCAGUGCAAUUGGACUUUCUGGUAAAUCCAAGGAUGAACGGAAGUCACAGGAUUUGAAUUUACGAACAUUGUCCGAUGCCGCAGUUUCCUUGCUGAGCGAUUGUGGUGGUGGUGGUGGUUCGUCGGCAAAGUCAACAACCUCGGAAACCAUCAUUACUGGCAGUAUGAACGUCGGCAGCAAAGUUGCCUUAAGGAUACCUCAACCACAUCAGAGGAUCAGCGGAUUCGGUAUGAAAAUUAGACCAAACUUAGGCAUAAGGCAUAUACCAAAUCCACAAGCUGUGGUCGCGUCCCAAUAUAGAAAUCAAAGAGCAGGAUUUUUUAAUGUUUCCAAUCGUCCUUCUUAAGAUUCUUUCCAAAUUGAUAAUUAUUUGUUUUCUUUUUAAAAUGAGAAAUUAAAACUUGUUUUCGUAUUUUCCAAAUCGCUUAUCUGUAUAUAAAUAUCAUUUUUUAAUGCAUAUAUUUCUGAUUGAAGUAUAUUCUUUUUCGUGUAUAUAUUUUCACUAAAUUAUAUAUUAUAUAUUUCACUAAUUAUAUUAUAUAACUAUUAUAAAUUGAAUCAAUUUAACAGUUUUUGUCAUGAACAAUGAAAAUCCUAACGUAAAUUUUGACGCUGAAUUUUAAUCUUUCACACAUCAGAGAAAUUUUUUAUUUACGUUUAUUUGAGAGGUGAAUAAAAUUUAUUUUGAAUCAGAAAAAAAUAUUUGUCUCAGUGCCUAUAAUAACUAUUUUAUUUGUGUCAAAUAAAAAAUUUAAUUUACCACAAAUAACAUUUUAUUUAGAGCGAAUAAAAUUUUUAUUUAA